AUGUCACAAGGGACACAAUGUAAGCUUUCAUGUCUUGUUCACGAUGACACGUUCCCCAGAAUUCGGCGCGGGGCACCCACCAACCUCCCCUCCGCCUCCUCCUCCCUACAGACCAGUCCCCUGUCGGCGGCCAGCAUUACUCAGUCUCUGCCAGAUGACGUCAUGGCUAGCUAUGACGACACACACUACGUCACGAGAGUUGUGGGCUACUGCGCUGACCAGAACGAGAGGCUGAGGGUCAUGUUCUCUAUCGUUGUCAUCCUGAGGGAUUUACUGACCCUCCCCCUGGGCGUGGUCUUUGACAAGUACGGGACUACUAGGACACGCCUACUGACUGUCCUGAUCUUCGCCCUAGGUACCCUGAUGAUGACGUUCACCAGCGCAGCCGUCCCCUGGUUGGUGGUCCCGGCCCUGGCACUGACUGGUGUGGCUGGAACUGCGGUCCUGGUCACUAACCUACAGACGGCCAAUCUCUUUGGCCGGAGACGUCACGUGGUCAUCUCACUCUACGUGGGCGCCGGGUACUCGAACGGGCUCAUUACUUUUCUAAUGCAGUUGUCUCACUUCAAGGGAGUCAACGUCCAGACAUCUUUCAUGUUCUUGACUAUCGGAAUCGUCCCCCUUCUCGUGUCCACCAUCGCCUUCCUGCCCAAGACCUGUGUUCCCUGGCCUCUCCCGGAUGACUACGGAAAACGUCGGAACCAAUCACUUGACGAGGCCAUGCUCCGGAAACAGAGGACUUGGCAGAGGAGGAUGUCGGGUAAGGACCUCUCAGGUCAUUAGGUCAUUGUCUCAAACGUCUGACGUCACUGGGCCGUGUCAUAAAGUCC